AUGAAACAUAGAAGAGCACCGGAGCAGCCUUAUUGCCACCACCAUCUUCAGCCCCUCACCACCACCGUUGCCCUGUUCAAGUCAUCACCUUCGAUUGUUCAACUAACCCACGAAGGUGAAGAACCCCCCUCUUUCAUCGCUUGUGUUACAGGACAAAAACAAACCCUCUCACCAUUAAUGACGGCGAAAUCGAUCACCGUUUCUGCUACUCUGGAGUGUCACGAAGGAGUCGAUUUUUCUGGCGGUUCAAGCCUUCAAUCGGGGUUGUGGGGGUUGAGAAGGGUAGCAACAGCCAGAGAGGGUGCUUCUGGUGGUGUUUCUCGGCAGAAGGCGGAAGGGAAGGGGAUAUGGAGGUGGCGGCAGUGGGGAACCGGGAAAACAUCACCGGUGAUUCUAGUUCUUUGA